AUGCGAAAGUUCGAAUGUGACGAAGUGGAAGUGAAGGUUGACGGUCGGCAGCUACACCAUUUACGCUUUGCUGAUGACAUAGUACUGAUAACUUCUAGCAUCAUCCAAGAGGAACGAAUGCUGACCCAGUUCCGCGAAACAUGUGGAUGUAUCGGUCUUCAGCUGAAUCUGCAAAAGAAGAUUUUCAUGCGUAACGGAUGGGUCUCGGAUGUCCCAUUCACGCUCAACGAAACGAACAUAUCCGAAUGCACCAGCGUUUAUCUGGGUCGGGAAAUAAACAUGAAGAAGACCUGA